CUCUCCCUCCUCUCUCUGAAAUAAAAAAAACAUUAAAAAAAGAGUGAAAACAAAUUCUGUUUUAACUACUAGUAACAAUUAGUGUGUAUAUCAUUUUCAAGCAUUCUGACAAGAACUGAAAAGAUUGCAAAUCUUCUAAAGGUGAGAAUGAAGGGCUUUGGUAAUUUUUUUUAGAAGGAGGCCUUAGAACUAAGUUCUGCAUUAGCUCUAUAAAGAAGAAUUUAUGCCUUUAAAAUUGGAAAUUCCAUACGGACCUUUAGAAAAGUAGGGACUGAAUUGGUUUCUCAUUUUUGAAGAUCAGUUCUGCUUCGAAAUGGUCCAGCUGAAUUCGUAAAUAAUUUUUUCUUUAAAGAGCACAUGGUGGGUGGCGUUGAUGUGUUUUGUGGAAUUGAUUUAUUUCCUUUCUCUCCCAGAAAGCACUAGUUGGGGACAGUGCAGUGAGGCCCUUCCAGGGCACUGCAGCAGCCUAUGCACCAGUGUCACAUUAUCGGACUGUUAAAGGUGUAGACUCAAGUGAAGAGAGCUUUUCUGAUUCAGAUGAUGAUACCUCUCUUUGGAAACGCAAGCGACAGAAGUGUUUCAACCCCCCUCCCAAACUAGAGCCUUUUGCAUUCGGCCAGGGCAGCCAGAAGCCGCCUUUUGCUGGAGGGAAGAAGGUUAACAACAUCUGGGGUGCUGUGCUGCAGGAGCAGAAUCAAGAUUCGGUGGCCAACGAACUUGGUAUCUUGGAAAUGGAAGGCACUAUUGACAAAAGCAGACAAUGCGAGGCCUACAAUUAUUUGCUUGCUAAGAAACUUAGGAGGGAGUCUCAAGAACAGACAACAGAAUUAGACAAAGAGCUAGAUGAAUAUAUGCAAGAUGGCAAGAAAACAGGCUCAAAGGAAGAGGAAAACGGGCAAGGUCAUCUCAAACGGAAACGACCUGUCAAAGACCGACUAGGGGACAGACUGGAAAUGAACUAUAAAGGCCGGUAUGAGAUCACAGAGGAGGAUUCUCAGGAGAGAGUGGCUGAUGAAAUUACUUUCAGGUUGCAGGAACCAAAGAAAGAUCUGAUAGCCCGAGUAGUGAGUAUUAUUGGGAACAAAAAGGCAAUUGAACUUCUGAUGGAAACUGCUGAAGUAGAACAGAAUGGUGGCCUUUUUAUAAUGAACGGUAGUCGAAGAAGAACACCAGGUGGAGUUUUCCUGAAUCUCCUGAAAAACACUCCUAGUAUCAGUGAGGAACAAAUUAAGAGCCAAGACCAAGAUUUCUUUUAUGGCAUCUUUUCCUGGUUUCUUAGCACGACAUUUUCUACAUUGAAAAUCAAAAGGAAUAUGAAAAUAAAAAAGCUGCUAGGAAGAGGAGAACACAACUGCUGGGGAAGAAGAUGAAGCAAGCUAUUAAAAGUCUGAAUUUUCAAGAAGAUGAUGAUACAUCACGAGAAACUUUUGCAAGUGACACGAAUGAGGCCUUGGCCUCUCUCGAUGAAUCACAGGAGGGACAUGGAGAAACUAAGUUGGAUGUAGAGGAAGAUAUUGAGGUUGAUCAUUCUCAUGAUUUAGACAUUUUUUAGUACAUUUGAGGAAUAAACCCUCCUAAAAUAAUAUUGUAAUAAACCAUUUCUACUGAAUUGCUUUGUUUUACUUUGCACUGAUUAACAUGAAUAUCUGGAGAAAAAGAUCUGUUUUUUUGUUUUAAAUGAAAUUGAAUAUGGGCGGAGAUGAAUGAGAUUGGUAGAAACUUUUGCAUUUUCUUGUGUCUGACAACAUACUUAAAAGUAUAUAGCUGAGAAUUUAAUUUCUCGAUCUGUUGCAUGUGCUAUGACUAGUUGAUAAUCAGUUUUGUCCAGGUCAUUAUAACAUGCCAUUCAAAAGUUUGUUUUCUUUUUCCUAUUUAUCUUUGCAGUGAAUUAUGACUGGUUUCAAUACAUUCCACUAAAAGAUCCUACUAAGACAUAAAUUGUUAAACUAUUUAUUACAAAUGCAUCCAAAUUUAGUAUGUCUGUGUUUGAAGAACUCUUAGGCUAUUUUAAGGAUAGUGAUUAAAAUUCAAUUAUGUUUAUUCUGAUGGGCUUUCCCACUUGUUUGUCCAGAAGUAAAUAAAUAGCAGAAGCUUUUCACAGAUGUAUUGAUUCAUAACUUAACUUUGGUUUGUUUGUCUUUUUUAUUUUAUUUUGUUUUUGACUUAUUAACUUGGUCAUACACUAAAUACUGAAUGUGAUCCAUACCUGUGUAAUUAAUUACUAUGGAUAUUUAAAAUGUUUUCAGUGGUGGCCUGCCUGUUUUACCUUAUGUUAAGGAAGUAUUAAAAAUAUCACAUCUGCA